UAUAAAAUAAACAGUUUGUAUUGCAGAUUUUAUUGUAUUGUACGACCAGGUGUAAGUCAACUUGUUUUUGUCCAAGAAAUUACAAAGAUUUAAUAAAAAUGAAGGUACAUCUGCUAGCGUUGGGAUUCCUGCACAUGGCGCUGGGUCUACCUGUGACACUGAACGACCUGCAGAUGGCGGACGACACCAUGUCAGUCGGCACAUACGUUCGGGAAGUGCGUGCGGCAUCGCCUGAUAACUAUCACAAGUCGUAUGAGAACGAAGGAGACGGUGAGAUCGGGUACGCGCGCAAGAAGUCCGGCGGAGGCAAGAAGGGCUACCAGCACUUUGACUCGUUCCACAAGAAGGCGGGCGACCACUACGAGUUCGAGAAGGAGGACUCCUACGGCCUCGACAAGGAGGAGCAAGAGGGCGCCCACAGCCACCGCCAGGAGAAAGCUGAAAAAUAUCGCGAACCAGAAGAAAAGAGAGAUAAUGAAGAAGCUGCCGAAGAAUAUGGAGAAGAGAAGCAGCACGAAGAACUAAAGCUUGGUGGCAGCGACGGCAACGGAGGAGUUGAAGCCCACGGACAUAACCCGGAUGACUAUAAACUGCCGGAAAAAUAUAGUUAUGGCGCAGGAGAAGAAUAUGACUUCUAAAAACAUAUGUGAUUAGAUGAAUAGGAAGAAAAAAUUAAAUCUUUUAGUGGGUAGCACUAGCGGCAGAUUUUCUUCAGACACCUGUAAAAAUUUUUAUACGUUAUUAGUGUUAAGAAUUGUAAAGAAUUAGAUAAAGAUAUGAACUAGCUAAACGUUAUGUCAUUCUCGAUUGUAUGUACGGGUGGAUGACCCGCAGUCCGCGACUCGCCAUCAUUCAACCAGACUAUAAAUAUAAUAGGUGUUGCAUGAUCGACAGUUACUGUGUAUACAUAGUUUACCUUUUUCAACUAUAUCUAUACUAAUAUAAUAAAGCGGAAGAGUUUGUUUGUUUAAGCGCGCUAAUGUCAGGAACUACUGGUCUGAUUUGAAAAAUAUUUUUUUUGUUCGAUAGUCCAGUUAUAGAGAAAGGCUGUAGGCUAUAUAACAUUACGACCAAUAGGAGCGAAGCGUCAGUGAAUACUAAUUGUUUUUUUAAUACCGCGCAGACGGAGUCGCGGGCGACAGCUAGUAAUGCAUAACUGGUGACAGAGGCGCUGCUAUCGCGGCAAGUUCUGUCACAAAAUAUAGCCUUGAUAUAUGCACAGAAAAUGCCAUAAAUAAAUAGUCUUGAAAUUAACAAAAUGAUUA